AUAAAUUUGAAAUUUUUGAUAUUUUUGUUUGUAAACAAUCACAUGGCAUAGGUUUCAAAGCUUUAUUUAAACUUUCUUUAGGAAAAUGGGUGUAGAUAUUGAUAUACUCGAGCACUGCAGGAAGGCAAGAGCAGCUCACGGACCCCCAUACACUUGUCCCGUAGGUAAAUGCGAUAGAAGCUAUAAAACGGUUUGUGGUCUACAGUACCAUCUGAAACACCACAAUCACGAUAACCCAACACCGGAAUCUCCCGCUGUACCGUCCACUCCUAAAAAUAAAAAAGGCCGAAAAAGUACAAAAGCAUUGGGGGGUACCACACCAAGUAUAAUAGCAAAUGCACCAGAACCACUAACUUUUGAAGAGGCCCAAAAAAUGGUACAAUUUGAAAUUAACGGAGUUAUAUGCAGGUGGAAUAUAAAUGAGCCCUUGGAAGUAAUCUCGAAAGAAGACUCGUCAACUCCUGAGGCAUCAAAAACUGAAGCAACGGACACAAACUUAGACCAACCUAUUGUUACACCAUUACCUACAGGACCACCACCAGAACCAUUCAUUCAGCUGCCUGAAGCUACCUAUAAGGAACUUGAGGAUUAUAAUAUUUGUGACGCACCACCAAGGCCUAAUGCCUACAUAAGAUUUAUUGAAAAGAGCACUGAAGAGUUGGAUGGGGAAGUGGAGUAUGAUGUUGACGAAGAAGAUACUGCUUGGUUAUCUAUUAUGAAUGAGAAGAGAGAACAACAAGGAUUGACUCCAGUGAGUGUCGAUUCAUUAGAACUACUCAUGGACAGAUUGGAAAAAGAAUCUUAUUUUCAAGCAGCAGUUAAUGGCCACUCCAGUGGAGCGGUAGUAGACGAUGACGCAGUCUGUUGCAUUUGCAUGGACGGAGAAUGCCAAAACACCAACGUAAUUUUAUUCUGUGACAUGUGCAAUUUGGCAGUACACCAAGAUUGCUAUGGAGUUCCAUAUAUCCCUGAAGGCCAAUGGCUAUGCAGACGUUGCUUACAAUCCCCCAGUAGACCAGUAGAUUGUGUUUUAUGUCCAAAUCAAGGCGGGGCAUUCAAACAAACUGACAGAGGCACUUGGGCUCAUGUUGUGUGCGCUCUAUGGAUACCGGAAGUUAGAUUUGCUAAUACGGUUUUUUUGGAACCAAUUGAUUCAAUUGAAACAAUCCCUGCAGCCAGAUGGAAACUAUACUGUUAUGUAUGCAAGCAAAAAGGUGUUGGUGCUUGCAUACAAUGCCACAGAAAUUCUUGUUAUUCAGCAUUUCAUGUCACUUGUGCCCAACAGGCGGGACUUUAUAUGAGAAUGGAUGCUGUCAAGGGUGUAGAAAUUGCAGGACAACCAGUAAUGGUCCAAAAAAUGGCAUACUGUGAUGCCCAUGCCCCUACUGAAGCUCAAGGAGACAAAAAGGAAGAUGCAAAGAAAAAAAUGAUGCAAGCCAGAAAAGUUUUGGCUAAGAAGCGUACAUCAGCCCCAGUCAUACUCAUCCCAACUAUACCUCCGGAAAGAAUCCAGGAAAUUGCCUCACUUGUAACAAUAACAAAAAAAUCCCAAUUCAUUCAAAGACUUAUAGCUUAUUGGACAUUAAAAAGGCAACACCGCAACGGGGUACCAUUAUUGAGAAGAUUACAAAGUGCCCAGGGUGGUACUCGUGAUUCUAACACUCUCAAUGUUGACACUAUUGAAUUAUGCAGGCAAUUAAAAUACUGGCAAUGUUUGAGGCAAGAUUUAGAGAGAGCAAGGUUGCUAUGUGAAUUGGUGAGAAAAAGAGAAAAAAUGAAGCUAGAAUAUACUAGAGUUUGUGAAAAGGUUUUACUUGUAAAAUUAAAGCCGCUUGAAGCAAGUUUGGGCAAAGUCCUGGAUUUAGUUGAAGCUAAAGAUACCAAUGAGAUUUUCAGUGAACCAGUUGACUUGGAGGAAGUUCCCGAUUAUACAACAGUAGUUACAGAACCGAUGGACUUGAGCACAAUGCGUCAAAAACUUAAAGACGGUUUUUACAAGGAUUUGAAAUCAAUGGAAAAAGAUUUUGACUUGAUGAUUUCCAAUUGUUUGGCUUAUAAUAAUAAGGAUACAGUAUUCUAUAAGGCUGGUAUUAAGAUGCGAGACCAAUGUGGUCAGAUAUUCAGGCAAGCCACAAAGGAUUUGGAAUCUGUGGGAUUGCUGGAAAGCGAUAAUAAUCAGGGAAAGGGUUCUGGAAAUGGCAGAGAGGAGGCUCUUGCUUCGGAUAUUGAUAAGGAAUUGGAGAAUUUGCAGGGCAAGACAGGACCGGAAGUUAUAUCCAAGCUUGAAGAUUUGUUAGUGAGAAGUCAAACUUUGAAACACGGUUUAGCCAGAGCCAAAAGAGUGAAAGGGGUGAGGAGCGAAUUGAACAAGGCUAAGAGAAGCGCUGCUCAGAAAAACAAGGAGUCUAAAGAAAAAGAUUUGAAGACGGACUCUGAAAGUCAAGCAACAGUAGAAAGUCAGAGCGAAAUUGACACUGAACAAACUGAUCAAACUGAUGUGGCUUCUCAAUCAGAAACGGAAAAAAGCAGUAUAAACUCAACUUCAGAAGGUGGUGUAAAUCGGAGGACUGCAGUGCUUUUCGCCAAAAAGUCCUCUACGAAAAAAGAUGAAGCAAAUGAAAAAUCAGAUGCGCAAUCAUCAGCUAAUAAAAAAAAGAAGGGUCGAUUCGCAAAAAAAUCAGAAACACCUAGCAAUGUCCCCAAAACCAUCGAUCCAAGUAAUUUAAUCAAGGAGCAAUCCAACGUACCAGAUAGCUUUAAAAUAUAUCGAGGUGCUAGGGAAACAGACGAUGAAAAAAGUGACAGUGAUAAUUCAUUAUCUACAUGCUAUUCGCUUAAUCCCAGUGAUAUUGAAAGCGAUGAAGAGGAUGGCAGUGAUUUGUUGGCUGAAACUGGAAUUGAGAAAAUUCUGCAACCUCUGCAAUUGGUUUGGGCCAAGUGUCGUGGUUAUCCUUGGUAUCCUGCUUUGAUUAUUGAUCCAGAAAUUCCCAAAGGUUUUGUGCACAAAGGUGUCCCCCUCCCCACACCUCCUCAAGACGUUUUAGACCUGGCUUCUAAAUCAACUGAGCACGUUUACCUGGUAUUAUUUUUUGACGCCAAAAGAACUUGGCAGUGGCUUCCUGCAGAUAAACUCGAAUUAAUGGGGAUUGAUAUUGAAAACGAUGAAGCUAAGGCUAAUGAACCUCGUAAACAAUCAAACAGGAAAGCGGUAAAGAAAGCGUAUGAAAAUGCUCUAAACUAUAUUCAGCAGAUAAGUGAUGCUUCAAAAGAGUCGGAUAAACGUCAAGAAGUGCAACAAUCAAAAAAGUAAUUUUUCAAUAGUUUUUGUUUUUUUUUUAUAUAUUUUUUUAUAUACAAUUUCACUUUUUGUAGAAAAAUGUUAACCAGUUACAUAAGGAGUUAAUGGUCAAUACUGGUACUUUAAUUGUAAAUGAUUUUUCGUUAUUUGAAAAAAGCUAUCCAUUUACUAACAAAAAUACUUUAUUCACAGUGAAAUUAUGUAUAAAAUCUUGCUAUUUGUACGUUAUAAAAGCUCAACUGCACUCAUUCUUUAUUGUCCAGGUUGAUAAAGCCCCAAAUUAUCUUUUUACCUAUUGAUAAGCAAUUAUCAAGUUUCAGUUGUUAUAAAAUGUUAACUUACUUGAAUGAAUCUUUGACAGGUUUACGGAAAGGGUAAUCUUGAAUUAAAUUGGCUGAAAACCCAAUUCAAGGGGGCGAUUCUUAUCAUCUCUGAAUUGAUAAAUUAUGUAUAUUUAGUGAAAAUAUUGAAAAUAUAUUUUUAUUUUGUAAAAUUUUCUUGUUAAUGUUCCAAAAUUGUUACUCUGUUUGGCUUGCCCGCCCCGAGUAGACUAAAAAGUCUUGGAAAAUUUUCUAAAAAUAAAGCUUUGUGUUAUUAUAUUGAUAUUUCGAUUGUUACGUUAAACUAGCAUUUUUAUUUCGGGUUCUCUCUUGUCUCUUGAACAGCUCUUUUGUAUUCAUUUUUGUUAAAAGCUGAAUUAUUUAUUUCACAUUUAUACCUAUUCAUCCUUCAAACCUUUAUAUUAAGCAUGCUGGUAAAGUAGCUGGCAUUGCAGCUCUAUCUAUAUUCAAAAUUUUUGAUAAAAUGUACCAAGGGCAGCUCAGUAUCGGACUAGACCCAUUAAAUUUCGACCCAAAAUUACUUUUUCAGCUACACACACACAUUGGGCCCCUUUUUAAGGUAAAUGAAGCUGUUUUUAAUAAUUUCAAUUCAAUUCCGAAUUACGCUUAAUUCAGCCAAUUUUUAUUCAAUUUCAAAUCAAACUUAAUCCAAUCAUUUUUUCCGUAAACUAUUAUAGUAAACUAAUGACACUAGAUGUCUGUGUAAAGUUUAAUAUGUUUACAUCAAAAUUCUAUGUAUGUAUAUGUUUCAGAUUUAAUAAUAAAAAUAUAAAAAAAAAGUUUAAAUAAAAUCCCUCUCAUAACUACUUGCUUAUCUUAGAUUUAGCCUGAGAUUUUAUUUUAUGUCCCGCUUUGGUAUGAUGCUGCCUCUUCUUUUUGAUGUUCCUAUGUUUACCUUGCCUGAACCAAGGAUCAUAUCCGAAACUAGGAGACAGAUCAGGUUCCAUCAGCUCGUAAUUAUUGAUUUGGUAAACGUCAGAAGGUCUACUGUUAGUAUUUCCUGGUACGUAAAUUAUUUCAAUAGGAGUAUCUUCACCUGCGACAUAGUUAUCGUCAGAUUCUUCAGACUCUGAUGAAGAUUCCGGAGUAUCGGGAUAUUCUGCAACUCCAUUAUUGUCUGAGCAAAUGACAUAACAACCAUCUAGUCUAGCUUUUUCUUUGAGUGCUUUAUUAUGUUUAAAAAUAUGAGAUUUGCCUUGUCGUUUUAAUAAGACAGUUUCUUUUCUAGCUGUGUUUGUAUGCUUACGUUUCUGGUGGGUUUUUUUAGAAUGUUCUAGAACAAAACUUAUAUAUAUAUAUAGCUUAUAAAAGUUUUCAAAAAUUUACUAUUUUUCAUUUGUUUGUGCUUCUGAUUUCUUUCUGAAGUUUCUUCCUCAGUACUUUCUUCCUCACUGCUACUUUCAGUUGUGGUUUUUGCCUUUGAUGUUGUGGAUCUUGGUGUUGUUGAAGUAGUUGUCGUAGUGCUGCCGCAAGUGAAAUUUUUUAUAAAGUUCGAUGGAAGCGGCAAGGGCUGUUGUCCUGGACAAAUUAGGUCGCAUUUUUGUGGAGCAUUUCUCGAGUUAUGAUGCAGCUUUG